CUCAACCGCUUGAGAAGUUCACACGCGAAAAAACUAAAUACUUAUAUAAAAAUUUACAUAAAUAAAACCCUAAUAAGUUAUUGGUAAAAAUGAAUUUAAGACUCCAUGUGUUUUUCGGCCAGUUCUUAUGGCUACUGGCUGCUUUAAACGGGAAGACUAUCCAAGGUAUACCGGGGUAUGGACGUAACCUUCUUAUCAAGACUUUACCAGCUAUCGAAGAUUAUCAGAGCAAUAUUUACGAAGUUUUCAUGGAACCUUAUUUGUAUGAAUUCGGUCACCAAGUCCUCCCGCCUGGAAAUCGAGCAGAAAAACAAAUAGAAUAUGUCAUCCCACAAAGAUCACCAGGACUCCAAGCGAUAGUGCACCUGCAAGCUGACGAGGAGUCAGGAGUGGAAGGUGACCUGAUCUUCACGCAGGUGGUGCCGAACGGGCCCGUCACCAUUGAGGGCAACAUCACAGGGCUGGCUGCUGGCCUCCAUGGUAUUCAUGUGCAUCAAACUGGUGCUGUUAAGGAUGACUGCAAGGAGAUUGGACCACAUUUCCUCGCCUUUUAUGGUCGUCACGGAGGACCCCGUGAUAACGUCCGUCACGUUGGCGACCUUGGCAACAUAAAGGCAGAAGAAGGACCAGUGACCGUCAGAAUUAUCGAUCACCUCAUCUCUUUAGCUGGCCCGCGGUCCAUAGUCGGUCGCUCUUUAGCCAUUUCUAAAGGCGAAGAUGACUAUGGAAGGGCGAGCACGGAGGAUAGUGCCCUCACAGGAACGUCUGGGCCCGCCAUAGCUUGUGGCAUUAUUGGAUACUUACACUGAUUUCUGCUUGACAUUUUAUUCUUUUUUUUAUAUAUUUUUUUUUUACUUUGUGUUUGUUAAUAUAAGAAUGUAUUUGUUUGUGGUAA